GUUUGCAGUGUCAGAGGGAAAACAAAAUGCCGAGAGCUGUCAAAUUUUCUCCUCCAUAGCCUGACGUUGUGGCUUGGUGUUACUCAGCUUGUUGAAAAUUUCAGGACAAAAGUCGUGUAAAACUCCUUAAUCAGCUACCGGAGAGAAUGUCGCAGCGUUUUCCCCCGGCCGGCCCAGGCGGUGCUCCUGGAGCUCCCGGACCUCAGCGCUACCCCCCCUCUCCGGCUGGACAACCAGCGCAGCCUCCACCGGGAAUGCGUCCGUACGGUCCUGGCAAUAAUUUUCCGCCUCGCGGAUACACCCCUCCACCGCAAAUGUCAGGCGGACCGCCGCCGCAAAAUCCUCCACCGAUGCACCAGCGCCCAAUGCAGCCUGGAUUCGGACAGAGCAGCAAUAUGCGUGGCUCACCGAUGCCAAGUGGAUCAUCGAGCGGGAGCAAACGUCCAGCCGAUAAUCGUAGCGCCAUCAGUCAGCCACCAGCGAAAAAUGAAUAUCCCACUAAGAAGAAGAAAAAACUAGCAGACAAAAUUUUGCCACAGAAGGUGCGAGAUUUGGUACCGGAAUCGCAAGCCUACAUGGAUUUGUUGGCAUUCGAGAGGAAACUGGAUGCGACCAUUAUGCGCAAGCGUCUAGACAUUCAGGAAGCAUUGAAGCGUCCAAUGAAGCAGAAACGCAAGUUACGUAUUUUUAUCUCGAACACGUUUUAUCCAAGCAAGGAAACCGAAGGUGGUGAUCCGGGCUCGGAAAGUUCGGUAGCUUCCUGGGAGCUGCGUGUAGAGGGUCGCCUACUGGAGGACAACAAAUCCGAUCCGAAUAAAAUUAAACGUAAGUUCUCCAGUUUCUUUAAAUCACUGGUUAUUGAACUGGACAAAGAUCUUUACGGACCGGAUAAUCAUCUGGUUGAAUGGCACCGUACGCAUUCCACGCAAGAAACGGAUGGAUUCCAGGUAAAACGUCCUGGCGAUCGUAACGUGCGCUGUACUAUUUUACUGCUGCUGGAUUAUCAGCCUUUGCAGUUCAAGCUGGAUCCACGUUUGGCACGCUUGCUUGGUGUUCACACCCAAACCAGACCGGUCAUAAUCUCUGCCCUUUGGCAGUAUAUAAAGACGCACAAGCUUCAGGAUGCCCACGAACGCGAGUACAUCACUUGUGAUAAGUAUCUAGAGCAGAUUUUCGGUUGUCAGCGAAUGAAAUUCGCUGAAAUCCCUCAGCGCUUGAAUCCCCUUCUGCACCCACCAGAUCCAAUCGUGAUUAACCAUGUAAUCACCGUUGAAAGUGGCAUGGAGAGCAAGCAAACUGCAUGCUACGAUAUCGACGUCGAAGUGGACGAUACGCUGAAGAAUCAGAUGAACAACUUCCUGCUGAGCACGGCUUCGCAGCAGGAGAUUCAAACACUGGACAGCAAAAUCCACGACACUGUCGAAACCAUCAAUCAGCUGAAAACGAAUCGGGAAUUUUUCCUCAGCUUCGCCAAGGAUCCGCAGACUUUCAUCCACAAGUGGAUCGUCUCGCAGACGCGUGACCUCAAAACGAUGACCGACAUCGUCGGUAACCCGGAGGAGGAGCGACGGGCCGAGUUUUACUACCAACCGUGGACGCAGGAGGCCGUCUCACGCUACUUUUUCACCAAGGUCAAUCAGAAGCGCGCCGAACUGGAGCAGGCUCUCGGAAUCAGAAAUUCCUAGAAUCGGCCCGAAGGGACCCAGGAAGAACCGAGCGAACUACAAGGCUAGGGUCCAACAGCUGGGUCUGGGCAUACUUUUUUCUUCUCAUCUCUUCCGCUGCGUUCGGAGGGAAAUAUUAUAAUAUUAUAAGGCAAAACAUUUCACUUUUGACACGAGGUCCAAGCAAAAAUGUUUGGAAACCUGCCUCUAGGAUUAUCCGGAAUUUUUGCUCGACGUAGUGGGAGGUAAUAUUGCAUAACGUAUAACUUAACAAAAAAGUUUGCUCCUAGACUUUAGGCGGUUUGUAGAACCGAGCUCACAAAAGCAAAAUUUUUAUUUUCCAGAUAAACCCCUUCUAAUACACAAUA